GCUUCCCGCCUUUAAUUUAUUGUUAAAAGGUUAAAAAAAUGGAUAUGUCUGUUGACGAACAAUUAAAAGAUGCAAACUUCGAAUUAUAUUUAACAAAUUUGCAAGGUUUCGUACACGACGAUGAAAAAAUUGUUACAUACAAAUGGUUGAGUAACGAAUUAAGUAUUGAUAUUAAUUUAUCGAAAGAAUUAUUAACUCAAUUCGUAGCAGAUCAGAAAAGUAGUAAGAGUGAUCCAAUUUCUGUGUCAUAUUUAAUUUACGGAGGCAUCGAAGAUGGAUUUAAGUCUCUCUUGGUUCGAGACACAGACUUACCAGAAGCACGCAAACAAUUUAAAAAUGUUAUUAGUGAACAAAUAUUUAGUGUACAAAAACAAACCAAUCUUAGAGAUUUAAAUAUUUUGUAUACAGUCGAUAAAAGCCUAGGAAAAGAUUGUAUAGGAAAAAUUGGGUUUGAUCGUGAUAUUGCAAGAAAAGAGACGAAAAAAGUAUAUGCUGAAAUUAAGAAAGAUGUUUCAAGCGGUGAUUCGAAAUCGAAUAUUGUCGAGAAAAAAUCUGGAAUAUCAAAUAUGUUUCAAAAUCAAACGAAAAAAAAUAUCCAAAAAGAAAUCACGGAAAUAGAAGUUAAAAAUUCGAAAGAUAUUCCAUCAAAUAAGUCAUCGCCGGUAAAAAAAUCACCAGAAACAAAAACGAAACAAACAAAACAACCCGUUUCAAAAGGUGGUAUUGCAAACUUUUUCAAUAAACAACCAAAAUCAUCAGAAAAAUCGCCUGUUCAAAGCACUAAAGAAAAUAAAACUAAUAUCAAAUCACCACCACCAAAACAAGAAGUCAAACCUAUUGCAACAAAAAAAGAAGAAACUCCUCCCAAGCAUAAUUAUCGGGACAUAUUAGACUCAGACACUGAUGAUGAUCUUGGUUUUGAAGUAAAAACGGAGAAAGUUAUUGAAGAGAAAAAAGAAACAAAUAAAGAAGAUAAAAAUAAAAAAGCUGAGAAACCACAAACGAAAAGAAGGCGUAAUGCAAAAGAUAAAGAUGGAAAUAAAGCUAAACGACGUAAACGGAUUGUUCAACAAGGCGGUGAUUCUGAAUCUAGUGAAGAUGACAUUUUUGCAAAAGAACGAUCAGAAAGUCCUGUUGCUUCAAAUAAAAAGGCACAAAUUUCUGACGAUGAAGAUAUGGAUGUAGUCCCACCAACUCCCGUUUCACAACAUACAGAUUCGAAGAAAAAAAGAGUUGGGAGACAAGUAGAUAAAACUUAUUUAGAUGAUGAAGGAUUUUUCGUAACUAAAAAAGAAUUUAUAGUGGAAACUGAAUCGGAUUCAGAUAAUGAAAAUAUGGAAAAUAAUAAAAAAGAGAAUGUUGAUAAAAAUUCAGUUAACAACAAGAAAACUACAGAGGAAAAAACUGAAAAUAAAAAUAAAUCUGAAGCAAAAGUGAAAAAUGAGGUGUAA